GAUGACAAUAUAGUUGUGAAUGUAUGCUUUACAAAAUGUAUGAAGUAGGAAAUUGUUACGAUUAGGUUAUAUUUAAAGUAUCUAUCUUUCAAAUAAAUGACGAUUCAUUAUAAUUAAUUGCAGUAGUGUUUAAUAUUGUGACAGAUGUAAUCAUAACAUGCGACAAUGAAGAAAUUCAACGAAUUAUUUACAAUUUGUUUCUUGUUACAUUAUUUCUAUAGCGUUUGUAUAACUCAUUUGCUCAUAAAUGUCAAAAAUCAGGGUGGUGAUAUUUUGUUAGAAACAAUUUCUUCCAAUGUUACUGAAGAUGUUAUUACCCUAGAAUUUCAAUGUUCAGAUGGUACAUUGGUAACACAACUUAUUGAUUUCAAAAAUGAAGUACAAAUAAUAAAAGCUUUAGUUUUGGGUGAAGAAGAACGUGGUCAGAAUCAGUAUCAAGUUUUGUGUUUUGUUAAUCAUUUUUUUAAAGUGGAUUUCAUAUCUUCUGAUGCAAUGUCUAAAUUAAGGCAAAAAAAUCCAGGCACUGUACGUGUUGCAGAGGAAGAUAAGGGUCAUGUAAAUUAUACUAUGGACUUAUUCAUAGAUGUAUCUGAAUCUAAAGAUAUCUCUAAGCAUAUUGCAAUUCUUUGUGGAGAAGCAGCUGGAUCUGCUUAUACUAGAAAUGAAGAUAUAAAACAAUGGAUUCAAAGGCCUGGUUCAUCUGAACUUUCAUUGAUGGCAGCUGUAUAUAACUUUAGCACAAAUUCUUUGACACAACAAGGUACAAAUGAUUCAAGAUCUUUAUUUGUAACAAGAUGUGCAGAUACAUCGAAUAUGUGGGCACCUUGUACAUGUUCAUUAGAGUUAUGUAUUGGAUGGUAUCCAUGUGGUUUAAAAUUUUGCAAAGGCAAAAGUGAUGGUAAAAAAGCAGCUACUCCAUAUAAGUGUGGCAUUAAAACAUGUAAAAAGUGUUUUAUAUUCUCAUAUUAUUCUAAGAUGAAGCAGAAUUGUUUAUGGGAUGAAUGACAUAUAAGAACACUGUAGAUAUAUAGGUAAUUUAUAAAAAGUUAAACUUUUUCAGAGCAUGAGAAAAUAUUAUUUUCUUAAUUUAUCAUUUUUAUAUUAACAAAAAUAUAAUUCAAAUUUUUUUUUCAAUUUUUUCUUAUUCAAUAUUAAAUACUUGUAAAUAUCAACAUCUGUGACAAAUAGUACUAUUGUUUUAAGAUUUAUAAUUUCAUUUUAUUAUAUAUAUAUAUUAUAUAUAUAUAUAAAACUAUUACAUUACAUUUUUAUCAAGAUAGCAAUUUUUUUAUCUUUUAUAAGAAAAUUUUCUCUUUUAAAUUUGUAAUAUUUUCUUCAUGAUGCAUUUAAGAAAAACUAGAGAAUAAUUUAAAAUCAAUCAUUAUAAAACUUUUAGAUCUGCUCUGUUUAUUGAUGAAGUUUCUGAUGCCAUAUAUAGUUCUCUAUUUGUAGUAAAUACUAAUAUGAGAUGAACAAAUCAAAUUUAAAUAGACAAAUAUUAAUAUUAUAUUUGCAGAACUUGUCAAUAUCAUUGAUGUGCUUUUAAAGUGCCAGUGUUUUUCUAUACAGAUGCACGAUGGAUAUCGACGAUUCCAUUAAUUACGAAAGCAGAGUGAGGAAAAUUCUUGGUACAUGUUACUAGAAUGUCAACAGACUUUUAGAUUAGAUGGAUUCUUACUUUUAUAGAUUGUACUGAAUGGAUGCAUUUGUAACACUAAUAUUUGUAUUUUAUUAAAAUAACGAAUUAAGAACUUUAUAAAAAAAAUAAAAUAUAAAAAAUAAGAAAAAAAAAAUUAUUGAAGAAGAAAAAAUGAAACUAAUUCUAAAAGAUUUUUUAUAUAUCUUAUUAUAUGAAAAUUAUUUAAGUUUAUUACUUAUCAUACAUCAUACAUUCCUAAAUUAAUAUUCUCUAAAAUUAAUGUAUUUAUCAAAAAGGUAAUCAUUCCUAAUCUUAUAUUAUAAUGUCUUACAAAGUACAUACUAUUUAACAUAUGUACAUUGUCACAGAUGUGCGUAUUAGUAUUAUAAAUUCAUGUACUUUCUCACAAAGCAACAUUGUUAUUGUAUAAUGAAAGGCAUAUAAUUGUUCGAGUAUAAAUUCGAACAUUGUUUCUUUAAUUAUUCAUUGCCGUUUAAACUUGCGGCAAUAAGUAUUUAUAUAUACACAUUAAUAUAUUAGGAUAAUAUAAGUUACAAAUAAUCCAUUCAGAAUAACGUGAUGAUUGCACGUUUAAUUUACACGCGUAUAGUAUCAUGAUAUAUUAAACGAUGUAUAAUACGCGCAAUUUUUUCUUAAAUUAUUAAAGAUACGGAAGAAUUGUUUUUGAAUUUAUAAUACAUAUGGAAAAAUAUAACAUUAGGUUAGAAUUUUUUAUGCUUUAUGCUGUUUUGUUUGAACAAUGUAGAUAAAAUGAUUAAUAUAAAAUUUUAUAAUUUUUUAAAAAAUAUUUUAUAAACAAUUCUUAUUUAUCAAAUGAAUUAACUCGUAUUACUAACAACUUUAUUAUAUUUUUAAUAAUUUAUAAGAAAUGAUUACGCGUAUUUAUUUAAACAAUAAACGCACGGGUGUCUGUACAGAAUUUUAUACAUGACUUGUAAAGCUGCCAUUUACAUAAGUUAGGUUUCAAUUGUACAUAAUGCAAAAGAGAAAAAGCUGACACAAAUAUAAGCAAUGAAAAAUUAAGUACGUGAAUGAAUUAGAUUUCUGUAUAUAAAGAAUAUUUGUUAAUAACCGAAACGUACAGUUCAUAAUAUAUAUACAUAUAAUAUAUGAAAUAAUCGAUGAAUGAAAUAUUGUUGAUUUAUAUGAAAUAAGAAUUCACUAUUUGUACAAAACGUUUGCUUGGCAUUUAAAUGAGAGAGAUAAAAAUGAGAGUAUACGUUUCAUAGCAAACCACUAUAAACAAGACUGCAAUAUCUGUCCAAUUUAAUAAUAAACAUAUUAUAUAUACACGUUGCAAUUCUCCGUGCUUCCUCACUGACAAAACCGUAUUUAAAUUUUCUAGUGUAAGAAAAAGAUAAACAAAAAUGGGAAAUAUACUAUGUACACAUAUUGCACAUACUUACGCCUGUAAUCGAAUAUUUAUGAAACUUGUAAGCGUUAAACGGCACACACGUAUCGUACCUCGCUCACGUUUGUAUCAUCUAUUAGUUCCAUACUAUACUUCACUAAAAAUAAGACAAACGAAGAAAAAAAUGUAUCACUUUAUUCAUUAAGAACGAACUUUAUACGUGUGAGUCAAUGAUAUAACUCGAUUAAGUAAUUCGAACGUGAACUGUGUAACCGGUUAGUUUGUAAACAGCAAUAUAAAUUUGUACAUUGUGUAUAUACGUAUUUAUAAUCUAUAGGGCGACUCAUAAGAAAAAUGGAUCAAAUGAAUAAUUUUUUUUUUAAUCUUAUUGAAAACUUGAAUAAUAUAAAUAUACAUUUUAAAAAUAUUUUAAAGAAAUGAAUUUUUUUUAAUUUUCAAAAUAAUUAAACAUGAUAUAGUCGAUAUAAAAUUUUUUGGAUCAAAUUUACAAAAUUAUUAUUUCUUAAAAUUAUAAAGUAAAGAAAUUUAAAAUUCCAUUUUAUUAAUUUUGGAAAUUAAAAAUAAUCGAUUUAAAAAAAAAGAACAUUAAUUUAUAAAUAGAUAUUUUAAUAUUUCUCGUUAUAUUUGAAAAAAAUUUGAUUCAUCAUUUUUUUGUGAAUCAUCCUGUAUAUUUAUUAUUAGUUAUUAAAUAUGGUAUAGACAGAUUGCAAAAUAUUCAAGAUGUUAUCAUUAGUAUAUCGACAAUUAUAUGUCAUUUAACGUGUACGAUGAAAAAAAAACAGAAAAAAAGGAGAAACAUAAAAAGAAAUCCACAUGAAUAACGAAGAUUAAUUAUUAAUGUAAUAUAAUUUAAAUUAAGAAAAAGUUUUCAAACUAUUGUUCCUGUUUGAAAAAUUCUUAUAUUAUGUUAACCUUUCUUUCUCUUUUUCUCUCUCAAAUAAUGAAAGCACUGAUCUAUUAUGACUAACUUGCGAACAUUGUGUGGUCACUUUGGUUAAUAUGGUGGGGGGUUAGGAAACGAGAAAAGGAAGGAGAUAACUAAUAGAAUUUAAACGUUUUUCUAUCAACACUUCGAAUUGGAACUUAAUGUUACUCACCGUGUAUGAUUUCAAUUUUACAAUAUAACAUUGUAACUUAUACAUAUAUUUUUUAUAUAUAUUUAAUAAAAAGAACGAAUAAAAUAAA